GCGGCGUGCGGUGACGUGCGGGUCCGCGCGGUGAGUAGAUGCGGCGGAUCCGUUCCCGGGAGCCGCGGAGUUUAUAAAUGGCGCCGAAGCAGGACCCAAGGCCUAAGUUCCAAGAGGGUUAGGCUCUUCCCCUGCUUUUGAUGGACAUUUACGUCAUUGCAAGGUUUUUUAGUAAGGAGACUCCAGAGUUUGCACUGCUUGGGUUGAGAAAAAUGUUAACAUGUUUGUUGAUGUCCAGAAACUGAUAUUCCAGACUGUCAUACAGAGGACUUCCUGAUUACUAGGGUGAGCGUGUCUUGUGUUUUCAUGGUCCUCUGCUUUAUGAAGCUAAGUGUGUGAAAGUUGCCAUUAAGGACAAACAAGUGAAGUACUUCAUUCACUACAGCGGAUGGAAUAAGAACUGGGAUGAGUGGGUACCAGAAAGCAGAGUACUCAAAUACGUGGACACCAACUUACAGAAACAAAAAGAACUUCAGAAGGCCAAUCAGGAUCAGUAUGUAGAGGGGAAGAUGAGAGCAGCAGCACCAGGAAAGAAGACUGCUGCCCUUCAACAGAAGAAUGUAGAAGUCAAAACAAAGAAGAAUAAACAGAAAGGCCCUGGAAGUGGAGAGGGCAGCAGCACAAGUGACAUUCCGCAGCCACCACGGAAAAAACGGGCACGGAUAGAUCCCACUGUGGAAAGUGAGGAGACUUUUAUGAACAGAGUUGAAGUGAAGGUAAAGAUUCCAGAGGAGCUAAAACCUUGGCUUGUGGAUGACUGGGAUUUAAUCACACGACAGAAACAGCUGUUUAAUCUUCCAGCAAAGAAAAAUGUGGAAACUGUUUUGGAGGAGUAUGCUACGUAUAAAAAAUCUCGGGGAAAUACCGAUAACAAGGAAUAUGCUGUAAAUGAAGUUGUGGCAGGGAUCAAAGAAUACUUUAAUGUAAUGCUUGGCACACAGCUGCUAUACAAAUUUGAACGUCCCCAGUAUGCAGACAUUCUGGCAGACCAUCCAGAUGCCCCCAUGUCUCAAGUGUAUGGAGCACCACACCUUCUGCGUCUAUUUGUCCGAAUUGGAGCCAUGUUGUCUUAUACUCCCCUCGAUGAAAAGAGUCUGGCACUGCUUCUCAACUAUCUACAUGAUUUCUUAAAGUAUUUAGCCAAAAAUUCCUCCUUGCUCUUUAGUGCCAGUGACUAUGAAGUGGCGCCCCCAGAAUACCACAGGAAAGCAGUAUAGUUUGAUUUAAGAACACCACAGACAGAACGGCUUUUGAGCAUUGUUGUGACUGCUCUUAUGACUUUUAAAACCCCCAAAUUAAAAAAAAAAAAAAAAACUUGGGACAGGUUUCAUUGUACACAUUGCAGCUUUCCUCCACCAUGCUGGUUAUGGGGAAAAAAAGCUGAGAGAGAAGACUGUUGUGAACAAAAAGACAGACACAGCUGCCUUUGGUUACUGGAUUUCAAUGUCAUUGGGUGGUAACUUUAGAAAGUAUCGGAACUUUGGCAGCUAAUAUAUCAACUGUUCGUGACCAAAGAUGUUUCACUUAGAAGCCUCAACGUGUGGACCUCCUGAGCAUCUAAAAUAUAUUUGGUCUGUUCAUCAUAUUUAAUGGCACGAAGAUACUCAAAUCCAAGACCUAUCUGACUUCUGUUUUUUAGUUAUCACAAUUUAUUUAGUAAAUGGAAGUUGGGGUACAACCAUAUCUUAGUGUAGGAUCUGGAUCUCUAGGAGUAACUGUCCUGCAUCUUACUGGAAUAUGGAAGCAGCAGUACUUUCUUAUGGAUUCCUGAAAAUAAAGUCUGAUACUGUAUCUCCUUUAUGACUGGCAUGGUGCAAAAACAACAAAGUGUCGUCCCUGAGCUCUGGCCUUUUGUUAUUCUUCAGAAAGGGACCAUUUUGGACAUUCUGUGAAGCAACAGAGACCAGAAAUGUCUGCUUCAGUUUAAUCCUUGCCAAGUAGCACCUUUAAAACAAAAUAAUGGACAGAGUAAAUUGCAUGGAACUAUUUGAGUUGCUGUAAUGAUUCCCGGGUGGAGUUUCUGUACAAUGCAACCAUGUCCCAGCUUGUUCUCAACGUGUAUGAUUAUUCAAUAUGUGUAUUGCUUGUGUCAUAACAUGCCUUCUCUGCAGCAUUGCACACUUACAUAUAGGGUGUUGUCAUUCCAUUUCUUCUGUUAACACAUUCUGGAGAUUGAUUAAAUGAUAGUCAGUCUUUAAUAUUUUUGCUGUAAUAGUUCCACUGCCAUUUUCUUUGCUGUGCUGUAUAUUGAGCCCCAUAUUGAAAAAAAUAAGGAUGCACUGUUAUGUUCAUACACAAGGUUUGAAAAUUAAGUUUUGUAUCUUUGCAGACAUGCGUUUUUUUGUUUUAGUUACAAUGUUUGACAGGGUCUUGAUGGCAAGUCUUUUGAAUGUCAGUGUUUGGGUACCAGUAUGUACAUGUUUCAUUCAAAUCUAAAAGAAUGGUUCUUCUGUGACUUCCUCAUCUGGUCAGAGCACUUUUAUAGCAGUGUUGUGUAUAUCUGUAAGCAGAUGGCAAUUUUUUUAUGCAUGGUGUUUAUCUAUUACUUUAAAUCCCAUGUGUAUAAAAGUGGUUCUUUAAAAUAAAGGUGCUGUGUUUCACCAUGGUGCAUUUUAUUAA